UGGCUGUCAAAGUUCCCAGAAUCUGUCAAGUCAUACAGUUUCAAAGUUUUAAACGACUACUUAUUUCAAAGCAAAACGAGUAUUUUCGUGAAAUAUCCAUGGAAAUAUGGCCUCAAAAACGGUAACCGUGCUUACUAUCAAUGGGCGUCGUCAACAAGUAAAAGUCGAACCGAACCUUACCAUCCUAGACAUCUUAGAGCAGGUGUGUAAAAAGCAUAAUUUUAAUGCAGAUGAACAUGACUUGAAGCAUCACAACAAAAUUUUGGACCUUUCGGCAAUGUUCCGAUUUUCUGGCUUACCUAAUAAUGCCCUUUUGGAAAUGGUGCCGGCUAUUAAGGCCAGAACUGAAUCCGAUGUAACGUUGGUUAUUCAACUGGAAGACGGAAGUCGACUCGAAGGAACCUUCAAACCUUCUGCUACAUUACUGUUCGUUUUAAAGAGUACAUGUGAAGACAAGGCGAACGCUCAAUCCAACCCCGUGAUGAUCUAUAUGCGCAAGGAAGUGCUCUGGGAUUCAAUGGAAAAAACAACAUUGAAAAGUUUAGGAUUGACCGGUGGACGAGCCAUUAUUAGAUUGCUUCAACGAAAACCAGAAGAACUGAAAACACAAGCCAAUGUUUCGACUCCUUUGCCUCACAAAGAAAAACCAGAAGAGUCUGACGAACCUUAUGUCAAAAAGACACAGCAGGAAGUUUCUACAGUGAAGGAAUUAAAAGAGAAAAUAGAGAUAGAUUCGGUACCGAUAGAAAAAUCCAAGUCGCCUACCGAAGCUAAGAAAUCAAAACCAAGCUCUAGCAGUCCUAUAGCAGGAUCAUCAAAACAAAAACAUCUUUCUGCGGAUUCCAAAAUUGAUAAUCCACAAAUUCCCGAACCGAGGCCUGAAUCCAUAAUCAAUAUAAUAGGAGAUAGGGAAGCCUUGCUAUUUCAUCUAGAAACAGCCGAACGUAGCACAUUCGACCAUCCAGAUUCAUUCUAUGAAAUAACUGUUUCUGACGUCCGCAAAAUGUACGCCGAUUUGAGAAAACAAGUCAAAGAUUUAGAAGAAGCUCCCUUAAUGACUUCUGAACUACGGCAGCUCGAGGAUAGCAAGCGUGUACUGAAUCAUUUGUCACGUUAUAGAAUCACUAUAAUCCGAGUGCAAUUCCCCGAUCGGUAUGUAUUGCAAGGCAUAUUCAAACCUCAUGAGUCUGUAUCGGACGUGAUAAAUUUUGUGCGAGAAAAUCUACAAGAUUCAACCAUUGAUUUUCAUCUAUAUACAACACCUCCAAAGGAAAUUCUCUCGUCAGAAAGCACACUUGUAGAGGCGAAGUGCGUACCACAAAUUUUGCUUCAUUUUGGCUGUGAGAAGGAGUACACAUCUAGCAAGUUCCUGAAACAACAUCUUUACGACGUACUAUCAAACGCAACCGGAGCAUCACUCGUAGCAGCUCGCUCUCGUGGUAGUUUGGAUGAUGAAGGAAAGCUGAUGGAAACAGUCAGCUAUUCCUCAGUCUCGUCGGAGCCGGAUGACAAUCAACAUAAAAACGAAAAUGAACUGGUAGCCACUAGCAGUCGCCUGCCCAACGCAAAUUUUAGGCCUUCAUCCGUACAAGCUAAUUCCAAUGAUGUGAAAAUGCCAAAAUGGUUUAAACCGAUUGGGAAAUGAAAUGUUAAAUGUUAUUGCCUUUUUCACCGAUCAUCGGACGGAUUUUUGAUUCAAUAAAACUGUGGGUAUAGCCGUCAUUAA